AUGAUGCUUGUCGUGGGCUUCCUUCUCAUUGCGCUGGCAGCCGGGUUUCGAUCGAAGAGCGACCCGGCCUCGCCGUGGGACGAGCAUCCGGCGAGCUCCGCCGAGGCGCUGCAGGAGCUCCUGGGAACUGCGCUGGCAGAGGCCAACACAGCUGAAGCCACCGGAGACGAGCCACGCGAUGCAGAAGCACAGGAGGGGACGCUUAAAGAGCAGGUUGCCAUCAUCAUGAAGGAUUGGCAGAGCGCCAGCGCAGGCGCUUGCCAUCAGCAACUGGGGCUCUUGAUGAACAACCUCAUGUUUGCAUGCGAAUCCUCGCAUCCGGAAGCCGACUGGAUUCUCGACUACUACAACCCCGCCCUUCCGGACAAGACCUGUGCCGAGAGCGUCAGCGACAUCUUCGCUUCAGGAAACGAACUGGUGGAAACCCUCCGCGUCUCCAGAGAGGCCGUAGCCUCCUACGAUGUGGACAGCAAGACGCUCCGUCGAUAUCAGGCUCUCUCCUUUCUGAGGAGCUGGCUGGUGAAGUUGACCGAGACUCGUGAUCAUGCGCUACUUUGGGCCGGCUUCUGGGACGGGGACCCCGAGAACCGCACGACGCAGACAGCGCUCUCCAAUUUUGCCAGGGAAAUAGAGCACGCGACGGUGCACCCUACCACCUUCUUGGGACGAGCCAUUGAAGCUAGCCAGGACCUCGGCGCCUGCUACGAAGAUGCCCAGACCAGCGCACUGGCAGCAAACAUGUGGUCAAUCGCAAGCAUGAGCUUCGUGCUCGGGAUGCGUGACCGGGCACAAGGAACGGUCAUCGCUUUGGUCAACAAGCAGAUCACGGGUGAGCGUAACUUGUCGCAGUCCGUGCUGUCCACGCAUGAAAUCCCAACGGUGGGGAUCGCAGCCUGGGGGCUCGGGUUCUGGUCUCCAAAAGUGAUGGUUGUGGACCUCAUGGGCACAUGCGACAAGACGAGCCCAGCGCUGCAGAAGCGGCUUCUCGCCCGCCUGCCCUCUUGGGCCAAGUCAAUGACGAACUGGAGCCCGGAAGCCUUCGCGACGAGGUCGCGGCUCCAGUGGCAGUGCAUCGACUGCUCGGGGGCUUGCAGCCUGGACGAAGCCUUGGCAAAGCACGUGGAGAAGCUGGUCAAGGCCAAGGAGGAGCAAGACCGGAAGGACCAAGAGCUCCGCGAGGUCGUGAGCCCUCGUUUCACGGCCGCGAGCAGUGCAGAGCUUAGCAGGAAGGAGGUGAACUUGGCUUACAAGCUGAUGAUGUCUGUGAAGACCUUUCGUCAAAAACUCGCACUUUCGAAGCGCGCGCGUGCGCUGGAAAUUCAGCUCAAGAAGGCGGCCAGGGAGGUGAGGGUUUGGAGAGAGAUCGACCACCCAUUCAUUGAACGGCGUGUGGAGUACCUCCUCCAAGAGGAUGCUGAUCCGAACCUUCCGGACCGGCUCGGCCGCACAGCCCUCCUCUAUGCCGCAUACGAUGGGGACGUGAAGAUGGUCGAGACAUUGCUGAACGCCGGAGCCCACGCGGAGGCCCACGAUGAGGAAGGCAACGUCGCCCUCAUCUAUGCCGCAGGACUCGGCCACCUGCAGGUAGUGAAGGCCUUCGUGAAGGCUGGAGCUCAGCUGGAGGCUCACGGACGGAGUGGCGACACAGCCCUCAAAACCGCUGCGUUCAAGGGCCGCUUGCAAGUGGUCGAGGCAUUGCUGAAAGCCGGAGCCCAGCUGACUGCCCGCGGUGUUGGUGGUGACACAGCCUUCAUGGUCGCUGCAAGAGAAGGCCACUUGAAGGUGGUUGAGGUCUUGGUCAAGGCUGGAGCCCAGCUAGAGGACCGCAAUGACGAUGGUGACACAGCCCUCAUGUUCGCUGCAUUCCAUGGCCACUUGAAGGUGGUCGAGGCGUUGGUGAAGGCCGGAGCGCAGCCGGAGGCUCGCAAUGAGAAAGGCGACACAGGCCUCGUGCUCGCUGCAAAAGAAGGCCACUACGAAGUGGUUGAGGCCUUGGUGAAAGUCGGAGCGCAGCUGGAGGCCCGCAGUGAGUUUGGCUGCACAGCAUUAAUAUGGGCUGCACAAAAGGGUCACUACAAGGUGGUCCAGGCCUUGGUGAAGGCAAAAGCCCAGCUGGAGGCCCGCAAUGAGAAUGGCGAAACAGCCCUCAUGUUCGCAGCUGAGAACGACCAUUUGCAAGUGGUGGAGGCAUUGUUGAAAGCCGGAGCCCAGCGGGAGGCACGCCACAAGGAUGGCUUCACAGCCCUCAUGUUUGCCGCAGGCGCGGGCCACCGGCAAGUGGUUGAGGCGUUGCUGAAAGCCCGAUGUCAAGUGGAGGCGCGCAAUGAGCAAGGCUUCACCGCCCUGAUGUGGGCAGCUACGGCAGGUCAACUGCCCGUGGUGGAGGCCUUGCUGCAGGCUGGAGCCCAACCGCAGGCCCGCGAUGCGGGGGGCGAAACUGCCUUGGACCUUGCGCAGGACUUUGGUUACAAGGAGAUUGCAGACAUCCUGCGGCAAUACGCCGGUGCCCACUGA